AUGAAUAGUAUCAGUGUUGUCGUAUUGUUAAUGUUGGUUUGUUCAAGUCUUAUCAAUGCCAGUCGAUUAGAACAACAAUUAAAAUGGUUGAAACGAAAUCUUGAUCAGUCAGAUUUACCAUCAUCAUCUGAAAAUGAGGAUGAUAGCAAUUCAGAGAAUGGCGGACAAGAAAUUCUGAGUUUAUCUGGGUUACCGCAAAUACGGGGAUUGGGUUGGGAUGAGAGUAGUGAGAACAUGAUGAAAGAACGUUCAAUAGGAAAACGUGAUUUAAAUUCAUUUCGUCAGCAAGCAUUGGAUGCACAUAAUCAAUACCGUCGGAAACAUUGUGUCCCGGUAAUGACACUGGAUUCAAAUUUGAAUAAUAAAGCGCAACAAUAUGCACAAUAUUUGGCACAAAAUAAUGUUUUUCAACAUAGUAAUCAUCAAGGUAUGGGAGAAAAUUUGUGGAUGAUAAGUACAACAGGUGAGUUAAUUCAAAAUGGCGCUGAUGCUGUCAAAGCAUGGUAUGAUGAAAUUUCAUCAUAUAAUUAUGGUCGACCGGGUUUUUCAAUGGCUACCGGGCAUUUUACACAAGUCGUAUGGCGUGCGUCGAAUCGUUUAGGUAUUGGUGCUGCUAUUGGAAACAAUGGUGGUUGGAAGAAAUUGUAUGUGGUUGCCAAUUAUGCACCACCCGGGAAUUAUUUGGGAGAAUUUGAAAAAAACGUUCCACGUCGGUGUCAAUGA